UUACGUAAUAGUAACUAUGCUUCUGAAUUACCUUUGCCCCACCAUAACUUUUUUUCGUAGAAUUUCUUAACGAGCUGAACUACUGCCACGAGAACUUUAUUCUGUAACACGCUUCAACUAUAAAUUGAACGAAGUCGCUAUCUUCAUCCUGGAUUUGGUGCGGAGGGUGCGCGUACGCUGGAAUAUUCCCGGCUUCGGCUGGAAGUUACUGGCCCGGAACUACGUCGCAAUGGCAUCCAGUACCAUAGAUGGAAAGACGGCCACGACCAAGGCCAAAUUACAUGGGAGAGCUUUUUAUGAGAGUAUAGGAAGUCCCAAAUUUGUACUUGCGCCUAUGGUCGACCAGUCCGAGUUCGCUUGGCGCAUGCUCACUCGAUCAUUCCUCACACCAGCCGAAAACUCCAAACUUUUAGCCUACACACCCAUGUUUCACGCCCGAUUAUUCGAAGAAACAGCAAAGUAUAGAGAGUCACAUUUCGAGGCAACUCAACCUUUGAAGACCACAUCCGCACCUAUAAACUCCGAACAACCCUCCCAACCCGCACCUUUUCUCGAUGGCAACCCCGCAUUCGAUCGUCCUCUCUUCGUACAGUUCUGCGCCAACGAUCCCGAGCACUUGCUAGGUGCUGCAAAAUUAGCCGCGCCUUAUUGCGACGCCAUUGACCUGAAUUUGGGCUGUCCGCAGGGUAUUGCGCGCAAGGGUCACUAUGGCGCUUUCUUACAAGAGGACCAAGAGCUUAUUUACAAGCUGAUAAACACUCUCCACAACAACCUACCCAUACCCGUCACAGCCAAAAUACGAAUAUUGGAGACUCGAGAAGAUACUCUGGCCUACGCUAAGAACGUGUUGGCCGCGGGCGCAAGUAUUAUUACCGUACACGGAAGAAGACGAGAACAAAAAGGACAUAUAACCGGCGUGGCGGAUUGGGAGUAUCUACGCUAUUUAAGAGAAAAUCUGCCAAAAGAAACCGUCAUAUUUGCCAAUGGAAACAUACUUCAACACGGUGAUCUAGAGCGAUGUCUUGAAGCCACCGGUGCCGACGCCGUCAUGAGCGCGGAGGGCAACCUAAGCGAUCCAGCUAUAUUUGCGCAAUUACCGGUGCCGGGCCAGGAAACGCGGGAAUACUGGCGGGAUAAAGACGGUAAAGGUGGUUAUCGAGUAGAUGCUGUUUUCAGACGAUACAUGGAUAUCAUACAUAAAUACGUUCUUCAAAACGACCCGCCCACACGGAAACCCUUAUUCGUUGUCGGAGAUGACGAGAGUUGGCUGUCCGAGGGCAAGGCGGAAGAUGCGGAGCAAGAAGAAGGGCCCGCUCGCAAAAAGCGGAAGAAGGAUAGUGGUAACGGCGGUGGUGGGAAACAUGAAAAGUGUACUUCGCCAAACAUCGUUGCAAUACGCCCCCACCUGUUCCACCUCCUAAGACAUUUUAUAUCGAAGCAUACAGAUAUACGCGAUGCGCUCGCGAGAUGCCACGUCGGCGAUAUCCCGGCUGUUGAGAAGGUUCUAGAUAUGGUAGAGCGGCGUGUCGCGGAGGGGCUUAUUGAAUAUGAGAAUACUGGUGGUAAGAGUGUAGAGGAAGAAUUAGAACCGACAUCGAAAGGCGCAGAGAACAAAGCCUCAGCAGAUCCGUCGCCAGAUGACGCGGACUUCGACCCAGAGAGCUCAGUGGCUACAGUCAAGAAGUGCAAGAGGCCCUGGUGGGUUGCGCAGCCUAUCGUCCGGCCGUUGCCUAAAGAAGCAUUAGCCAAUGGAAGUAUAAGGCUAAGUAAGAAGGAGAAGAAGAAACAGGAAGAAUUGGCGGCAGCGGCAAUAGCUGAGGAUACGGCUUCAGCCUUGGUGAGGGGAGAGGUACCUAUCGAAGAGGAACUACCGAGGCCAGAUGGUAAGACCGGGAUCAAGGAACCGAUUAUGGAUAUUAAGAGACCGACACAAACGGCUGAUGAACUUGUUUGUGGAUAGCGGUGUUUAAAUGAGGUGCCAACUUAUAUCUUAAAAUACUAUUAUCUCUUUCUAGAUUGUCUGCACAGAACUAAUAGCCAAAGAACGAACCAAGCAGGCCCAUUUGGUUCCUUCCCGCCCAUCACAAGGGGGCUUUGCUUGUAAGGAUCUCACAGUGGGUGGACAUUAAAUAGUAUUUUGGCAAACUUACCUCGCUGAUGAACCCGACCUAUCGGAAACAAUAAGAUAUAACAUGAAUUAAGAAAAUGCGGCCCUUGCUCCCCUUAUCGUCAAACCACUUCCACCCUAUCAUCUAGAAUUAUAUAGAU